CCGGAGAUACUUUAGAAAAGAUAAUAAGGCGAUUCGCAAUGAGCAGCAACUGGUACCUGCUUUGGGCUUUAAAUGGGAACCGAAUGCCGGAUGAGAUCAAAGAUCCGAAUCAGAUUCCAGCACAUGCAGUAGAUGGACUUCUGCUGGGCUUGACGUAUUCUACUCAGCCACAUGACAACCUUCUUGAACUCGCCCAGCGAUUCAGAACAACCAUCAAGAGCCUACUACUUACAAACCCUGAAAUGACUGACAAAUCAGUUCUCAGCGUUGGUGAAAACUUAUGUAUCAUUCCUUGUAACUAUAUUGUAUAAACCCAACUUAGACGUG